AUGGCUCAUAAAGCUAGCAAUUUAUACCCUGAUAUUAUCUACACGAUAGUCGAUAUCCUGAUAAUUAACCAUCAUGAAAGUAAUGUGGGAUACAUGCUAUCUCUAAAUAGACACUGGAGGGGGUCUUUGUUGGUAUACCCUAAAGCAUUUUCUAGUUUUACUUUUAAACUUAGGAACACUAAAUGGCCACCAAUUUUCCCAGGACACUUUUACAGAAAUUUGAGACAUUCAAAUAAUAGAAUCAGCAACUUGAAUUUAGAGAGUGACUAUUUUAUAUUUUGCAAGUUACUAAGCAUUUUCCACGAUAGAUCAGUUUCCUGGCUUACGUUAGUAACCAACACUCAACCUACUCUUGGUCCAGAGUAUAGGAAUUUUGAGACCUCAUCGCAUAAUGUGAAUAUCGAACAUCUCAAGUUAGUAUCCAAGGACGGACAUCGAUUAUGCAUUCCAACCGAUAUAGUCAGCCACGUAGCUGGCGUUUCGCUCACAUUGGAGUCUGUCAUUCCAAUACCGAGUAUAACAGCUAAUUUUUGGAAGAUCAAACAUCUUACGCUGGACUUUCGUCAGUUUUCUAACCUGGAUGCCCAUCAUUUGAGGUAUUUCCUCGGUAUAGAAGUUCCCAAAAUGCAGGCUCUGAAAACUCUUUACAUUACAGGCGCCAACAUCGGUCUGAUGUUAGGUCCACGAGAUUAUGAUCACGACGAAAACAACUUCAUGUUUCCGUUAUUACACACCAUUCAUCUUGACAACACAAGUCCUUUUUUGCUGCAAUACUUCAAGUCACCUGUCUUAAGACGAGUCAGUAUAAAGAAUUAUGAUCUCGAGCUCCACAGACCCACGCUCUGUGCGGAUGUGAUUUACUUUUCACUUGAAGGAAGCCUUAUUAUUUUGAGGUAUCCUGACACAAUCCAUUCUAGCUUCUUCGCCAAACUUAACAAGCUAGAAAUAUUAGAUCUGAGUAGAGUUCCACCAACAACCUUUACCGACGCGUUCAACAGUGGCAUGUUUGAUCUCUUCUGGCCACGUUUGAGAGCUCUCAAGAUAUCUUUCAAGAAAGACAUAACGGAUGUGGCCUUACUUAAUUUCGUCCAGACUAGGCGAGACACAUCAGAAAUUAGCUCAAUAAAUGAGUUGGUUGCAAUUGAGUGUGGUUUAACAAUACAAAUUCAAUGCAUUCUGACAAAUUUAAUCCCGAAGUGUCACCUAGAUAUUGGUAGAUUUGGCCAUAACGCAAAUGAAGAAUUAUCUUUUUAG